UGAGUUUUUUUACUGUUGGAAAAGAAUCAAAAAUGUCAAAACUUGCGUUUUGAAACUUGAAAUCUUUUCCUUUUGACAAAAGAGACAUCGAAUAUCAAAUCGUUGUUCCGAUCGCUCUUGUCUCACUUUUCGAAUUACCGUCGAUUUUAGAUUCACUCGAGUUCGUGACUUGGAUUGAACUGUUGACACGACUCGGUGGCCGUUUGAAAGUUUUAACCAAGCUCCGUUACAAUCAGACACCUCUCAAAGUUUAACCGACAAUUUUCGGUUUUCUUUUGGAUUUGUUUCCAUUUUAGUUCACCUUUACAAACAAUUAGUGUUCGCUCAAAACAGUUUUCACCAUGGGCUGUGCGGUUAGCUCAACAACCGACAAAGAAGCGGUUGAGCGAUCCAAGAAGAUUGACAAAGAUUUAAGGGCUGAUGGGGAACGUGCUGCACGAGAAGUCAAACUCCUGUUGCUUGGUGCUGGUGAAUCAGGCAAAAGUACAAUUGUCAAACAGAUGAAAAUCAUCCAUGAAACUGGAUAUUCCAAAGAAGAAUGUGAACAGUAUCGACCUGUAGUAUACAGCAACACAAUACAAAGUCUGAUGGCCAUCAUUCGUGCCAUGGGCCAACUCAGAAUCAACUUUGCAGACUCCAGUAGAGCCGUGGAUGAUGCCAGGCUAUUUUUCACACUAGCAAGCGCUGCUGAUGAAGGAAUGCUUACAUAUGACUUGGCUCAGGUAAUGAAACGAUUGUGGAUGGACGGAGGAGUGCAGCAUUGUUUCUCUCGCUCCCGGGAAUACCAGUUGAACGAUUCAGCUGCCUAUUAUCUCAACGCCUUAGACCGUAUCUCAGCACCCAACUACGUACCUACGCAGCAAGAUGUCCUGAGAACAAGGGUGAAAACCACAGGAAUCAUCGAAACGCAUUUUUCAUUCAAAGGACUUCGUUUCAAGAUGUUUGACGUCGGCGGACAGCGAUCAGAACGUAAAAAGUGGAUUCACUGUUUCGAAGGAGUGACAGCCAUCAUCUUUUGCGUGGCGUUAUCAGGUUACGAUCUGGUGUUAGCCGAAGACGAAGAGAUGAAUCGCAUGAUCGAGUCAAUGAAGCUGUUUGACUCGAUAUGCAACAACAAGUGGUUUGUGGAGACCUCCAUCAUCCUGUUCCUCAACAAGAAGGAUCUCUUUGAGGAGAAAAUUACCAAAUCAUCUCUCACCAUCUGCUUUCCCGAAUACCCAGGAUCCAACACUUACGAGGAGGGAGCCGCCUACAUUCAAAUGAAGUUUGAGAGUCUAAACAAGCGUCGUGACCAGAAAGAGAUUUACACGCACUUUACGUGCGCCACCGACACCAGCAACAUCCAAUUUGUCUUUGAUGCGGUCACGGAUGUUGUGAUUAAGAACAAUUUGAAAGACUGCGGUCUUUUCUAAUUGGAUUCUGGGAUGCCAGUGCACACCAUCCCAUCCCAGCUCUCUCUCUUCAUCUUAAACUCUCUCCCCUCUUUUUUUUUCUCUCUCUUUAUUAUUGAUUUUGUCUUGGAUACCACAAACUUAGUCUGAAAAUAUGAUUUUGUAAACUGUACGUUCAUCGUCGGCCCGUAAAAGAAAAAAAAGAAAGAAAGAAAACGCAACACAAAUUCGCUGUAAGCCUCCCUCUCGUUGCGCUGGCCAUCACGCACAUAAUUGCUUCCUCCCUUUACUCGAUCGACUCGAAAUUUAAUCUGUUGAUAUUUCUUUUGUUUUGCUCGAGCAAUGAUAUUGACACUAAUAUCCCUUUUGAAGAAAAAGAAAGAAAGAAAAAAACGAAGCUCAACCACUCUUUGAUUGCCAUAUUAAAACAAAAAGAGCACAAAACAUUUCGAAUUCUCUUACAUUUUUUCAUACAAAUUCUCCUGCCGUUCGGACGCGUUGAAUAACCAAAAUCCUCCCCAUCGCACAGCCAUUCUCCCUCCUCCCCCCCUUUAACGUUAAAUUGUUUGAUCGUAACGCUAUCAGAGAAAACAAAAGACUCUUUGCGUGACACGCCAUCCUUCCUCUUUUAUCUGCUUUUCCAUGCAGACCAUCUAUUUUUUUUUUACUUGUUAAUCUAUGGCUUAACAUUCCUUCACAUGCCUGGGCCCUUAAAAUUUUUUUUUCUUCUUUUCAUUCUGUCCAGGUCUUUCCAGCUCUAUUUUUGCCAACGACAGUCCUUCAAACAAUUUCCGCUUCACAUGCUCAACUACUUUUUGACUCGUUUUUUUUUUUUAUUAUUAUUCCUAUCCAAGAUAUUUGAUACUCGGUCGUUGAUUGAUCGGUGGAUAAUUAUUUUAGAAAAUUGCUUUUUUGUCUAGAUAAUGAUCGUCUUCUCACUUAACCAGCCUGGCAUGUCUUGUGUCUUCCAAUUUGGCCCCUGAUGCAUCGCUCGAACGAUGUUCCUGAUAAUUCUUUAUAUAUUCGAAAUACAAAACAAAACAAACCCUGUUUUUUUUUCUUUCUUACUCUUUUCUUUUUAACCCCGAACGAUUUCUUUUGGCUUUUGUUUUUUCCUUUGUGUGUCUGUGUGUAUUUUCAUCCAUCCCCCCAAAAAAAAUAUUUGACUCCUCCCCCUUUUAUAACGAUUUAUUUUUUUUUUCCAAUUUUUUUAAGUGUAUGCAAAAUGGGACGACGAAGUUAUGACGGCCUCUUCCUUUUUUUAGCGAUUUCUAUCGUCUUCCCCGAUAUAUUGUGUAUAUGGUAUCAAUACAACUUGCAUGCAAGCUG